AUGCAAUAAUCAUCAGCUAAUUAAUAAGAAUUAAAAUAAAUAUUUUAGCUCUUCUCAUAAGAAAAUUCUGAUGAAAUCAAUAUUUAAUAGAUAAAUUCAUUAAUUAAAGAAUUAGAAACUAUAAAUUAAGAUUAAUAAUAAAUCAGUGUCCCAUAUUAACAUGGCAGAAAAUUAGUUAAAAAAAUUAGUUCUACUGAUAAUUUUGAAGAAAUGUAAAAGGAUUCUUCUCCCAAAUCCCCUACUUAUGUUUCUGUUACAGAAUUAAAGUAUUUUAUUACUUAAAUAUAUAGAUAUUUCCCAAAUAACAAAACUACUAUGCACUUUUCUGAUUUUUAAGAGUUAUAUAAUGAAUGUAUGUCAAAUAAAGAUUAACAUGAUGAAUUACUUGAAAGUGCCUUCUCUGUCUUUGACUUUGAUAAAAGUGGUACAAUCGAUUCGAAAAAAAUAAAAAAGAUCUUCUCAAAAUUUAAAGAUAACACUAGUGAAGAAGAAAUUUAAAGUAUAUAAAAUAUAAUAUAUAGAUGUUUUAAAAUUUUGUGGAGUACUUCAUGAUUAAAUGUCUUUAUAAGAAUUUAAAGAGUUUUUUAAAAAGAACUUAUGA